CUUCUUCCAGAGAGAGGUGAGUUAACGCGAAGGUUAUUUUACAUGAGGGAGGAACUGUUUUGGACCAAAACACAGCCGUGAGAAUAGCUGGAAAGCAAAGAAGAAGCUUCUGUUUUAUAGCUGAAAGGAGCUCAUUCUUCUACCAAACAUUACAAGAGAGGUGAAGUAUCAUGGGGAAACACAACAGCAAGCUGGCCCCAGAGGUCCUGGAUGAUCUGACCAAGAACACUGAAUUCAACGAGGCGGAGCUCAAGCAGUGGUACAAAGGCUUCCUCAAAGACUGUCCCUCAGGCAUCCUCAACCUGGAGGAGUUUCAGCAGCUCUAUGUUAAGUUUUUCCCAUAUGGUGAUGCCUCCAAGUUCGCCCAGCAUGCGUUUCGGACAUUUGACAAGAAUGGUGACGGGACCAUCGACUUCAGGGAGUUCAUCUGCGCCCUGUCCAUCACCUCCAGGGGCAGCUUCGAGCAGAAACUCAACUGGGCCUUCAACAUGUAUGAUCUGGACGGGGAUGGCAAGAUCACACGCAUGGAGAUGCUGGAGAUCAUCGAGGCCAUCUACAAAAUGGUCGGCACCGUGAUCAUGAUGCGUAUGAACGAGGACGGGCUGACCCCUCAGCAGCGCGUGGACAAGAUCUUCUCCAAGAUGGACAAGGACCACAACGACGAGAUCACCCUGGAAGAGUUUAAAGAGGCCGCCAAGUCUGACCCCUCCAUCGUCCUACUGCUGCAGUGUGACAUGCAGAAGUAG